CACCGAAUGCAUCGAUCCCCGAGAGUACAUUCACGUCGCUUAGCUAGCUAGCUACUAACAAUAUAGUUCCAUGCUCUGAAAAGGGCAAAUUUAGUUAUGUUGGGCAAUCAUGGCAUCCAACCUGUCACUCUGAUUUUCCACAACACGAAAAACUGUUUUCUUCACCUUCCUUCAAACUUGUUAAAACAGCUCUCUCUCCAUGACAACCAGGCCCUGGAGCUGUCCUGGGGUCAUGAUGCCCGUGUGUUUCUCAGCUGGACCAGAAGCAGAAGCCCUGCCAACCAGGAGGACCAUAAAGUAGCGCUGAGCAGGCAACUGGGAGAGAAGCUUGGACUCAGAGAUGGAGAGCAGGGCUUCUUGCGGUCGUGCCAGCAAGUCCUGUCUGUACAGCAGGUGUUUGUGGAGCCACUCUCCUCUGACGACUGGGAAAUCCUGGAGCUCCACAGUGCAGCGCUGGAGCAGCAGCUCCUGGAUCAGAUUAGAGUGGUGUUUCCUGAUGCAGUGUUUCCUGUGUGGGUGGACCAGAGGACAGUCAUCUACAUCAGAAUCGCUUCACUCACCCCAACUGUACCGUACGGUCGAUUAGAGCAGUUCACAGAGCUACACAUCUCUCCUAAAAUUCGUGCUGGAAGUGAGGACCUCUCCUUCGCUCCUUUUGGAUCAUCCUUAUCCAAUCAGAACCAGCCCCUCCACAGGCAGCCAAACUUUGACCUCUCACCCUCCUCCAGGUCCUCUCAGGAGUUCAGCGUUCAGGAGACUGGACUUCCUGUAGAACAACGUCCUAACGCUGCUGCCCUCCAGAGCCCCCAGCAGUGGGGCGGGAUAGCAGACGUAAAGAGCCUGGUCAGGUACAUGCUAACAGGGAACUUUGACCCUGUGAGAGAGACUCCCCCCAUCCCCACCAUCCCUGCCCUCCUCAGUGACUCAGUCUUCAGAGUGUGCAGAGCACCGCCCGUGUCUCCUGGCCCUCUGAGUGCCACCCAUGGGGUUGUCCACAUCCUGCCCUGGGGCCAGCAGAUGGGAGGUAAUAUCAAUGGAGGCCAGCCAGCUGUGACGUACGGCCUACUGUCCAAGGUGCUCUCUCCCAAGGAGGUGAGAGAGAGGGCUAAGCAGGCCAUGGAAAAGAAGAAGAGUGGCGGUGCUGGUGGUGCUCCCCAGCCCGGUGGUGCUGGUGGGGCAGGAGACAGGGAGGAAAAAGAGGAUGCCACUGUAGUCAAGGUGGUGUGUCACCUUACAGAGGGGCUGAAAGGGACGCAGGGACCAUCUAGAGAGGGAGAGCUCCACAGUGGAAGGGUUUGGAUCCCACAAUCCCUGGAAACUAGUCUUCAUAUCAACCCACACUCAUCAGUGAGAAUCAAGCCAAUCAAGUCAACUCCUAAAGUAGCCACCAGUAUCCACCUGCAGCCUUUACAACCACUGCCUGCAACAGAGAGUGAGGUGGAGAUUCAGACUGCCUUCCUGGGUUGGCUGCACACCCAGAGCCACGAACCACUAGCCUGUCUGACCGGCCGCUCCAACACCAUCCUCCUACCUGCCACUGAAGGCAAGGUGGAGUUUGCUCUGACUGUGUUGAAGUCAGAACCUGAGACGGAGAGUAAAGCGCCUGACCAGUUGUUUCUGUUGGCUCCAUGUGUGAUACAGAAAACAGACAUACAGGUUGUCAGGGAACCUGUAACCGUGCCUACAAUGAAAGCCAUGGGUGAGACACCUAAUCAAGAUCUACCCUCUCUCAGCAGUCUUGGUGGUGUGGAGGAGCUGAGCAGGACUGGGUUUGACUUCCUCUCCCACAGCCUGAUGGGACGGCCUCUCUCUUGGGAGCUGGUGUCCACCGGCCGGGGCCUCCGGGGCGGAGCCCUGCUCAUCACAGGGGCCAAGGGAAGUGGGAAGACAGCUCUCUCCAGAGCUCUGUGUAGGAAAACUAUGGAGGACCUGGAUGCUCAUGUGGAGGUGGUUGACUGCAAAAAGCUGAAAGGGAAGAGAGCAGAGACCGUGAGGCAGAUAUUGGAAGAGGUUUUUGAACAGGCGGUGUGGAGACAGCCCUCUGUGGUCCUGCUGGAUGACCUGGAUCAUGUGACGGGGGCACCGACCUCACCGGAACAUGAACACGGACCAGAGGCUCUGCUAAGGCUGCACAUUGCCCAGAGUCUAAGGGACAUGGUACAUGACGUGGUGGUGCGCUCCAGCCUGGUGUCUCUGGUCAUCAGCAGUCACAGUGAACAUUCCCUCCACCCGUCACUCAGGGAGGUGCAGGGCUCCCACUUCCUCCAGGGCUUCAUACACAUCCAGCCUCCUGAUCAGGCCCAGAGAGGAGAGAUCCUGCGCUGUCUGAUCCUCAGUAAGACUGCUGUAUCCAAAGAGACCCUACACACGCUUGACCUGGGGAUUGUUGCCAAGGAAACAGAGGGCUACCUGCCCCGUGACCUGGCCUUGCUGCUAGAGAGGGCCAUCCAUGCCAACGCCCUACACAGGGCACGCAGCACCCAGGGAGUGUGUCUGUCGUGGAGGGAUUUUGUGCAGGCUCUGAAGGGCUUCACCCCUCCCACCCUGUGGGGGGCUCAGCUGCAGAGCCCCAGUGGUGCAGGCCUUGAGAGGGUAGGGGGGCUGCAUCAAGUACGCCAGUUACUCAUGGACACCAUCCUGCUACCAGCCAAGUAUCCGGUGCUCUUCUCCAGCCUUCCCAUCCGUCAGCGCUCAGGACUUCUGCUGUACGGCGCUCCAGGCACUGGGAAAACCCUGCUGGCUGGUGCCGUGGCCAAGGAGAGUGGGAUGAACUUCAUCAGUAUCAAGGGUCCCGAACUCCUCAGCAAGUACAUUGGAGCCAGUGAGCAGGCUAUCAGAGACGUCUUCCAGAGAGCCCAGGCUGCUAAGCCCUGCAUCCUGUUCUUUGAUGAGUUUGACUCCUUGGCACCCAGGAGGGGUCACGACAACACCGGGGUCACUGACCGGGUGGUCAACCAGCUACUGACCCAGCUGGAUGGGGUGGAGGGACUACAGGGUGUGUAUGUCCUGGCUGCCACUAGUCGUCCAGACUUGAUAGAUCCUGCCCUGCUGAGGCCUGGCCGCCUGGACAAGUCCCUCUACUGUCCCCCUCCUGACCAGGAGGCGCGUGUAGAGAUCCUGAGGGCUCUGAGCCACUCGGUUCCCCUGGCUGACGAUGUGGACCUGGAGCAGAUGGCCAGGGCCACAGACACGUUCACUGGCGCUGACCUGAAGGCCCUGCUGUACAACGCCCAGCUAGAGGCCAUCCACAGCAGCCUGGGGCCCAGCCUGCAUGACCUGGGCUCGGGUUCGGACAGCGACAUAAGCCUGUCCUCCAUGAUCUUUCUGAACCACAGCAGUGGAUCUGAUGACUCGACUGGGGAAGGGGAGAGAGGGUGCGGGCUGGACCACUCCAUGGUGCUGCUGGACCCCAGUGAUGUCCCCCCUGAGGACCCCCGUGGUGUCCCCCCUGAGGACCCCCGUGGUAACAUCUGGAGGCUGUACUUCGGCAGCUCCUUUGAGUCCGAGCUGGGCAACCCUUCCCCCUCAGGACUGAACUCCCAGGGUGUCUCGGGGCCCAACUCUAAUGACCUGACCGGUGCGUCGGUCAGAGACCCUGGCUUCUCCCACCCCCCGGCCUAUAUGUCCUCUCUACAGGAUGGCUACGAGGAGCUCAGCCAUGAGCAGCUAGACCACCUCCGUCUGGAAAUCAGCAACAUCAAGAGCAACUACAGACGAGCUACUGAGGACAGUGUCCCGGUCCAGGGUGGCCCCAUCAGGCCAGGUCUGCUCCUGUGUCAGGCCCACCUCACCUCAGCCCUGGAUGCCACCAGAGCCUCCCUCAGCAAGCAGGACUGGAGGAGGUACACAGACCUGUAUGAGUCCUUUGGAGCUUCGGGAGAAGAAAAGUCUCAGAGCACAGUGACGUUCAAACCCGGCCAAAGAGUAACGCUCGCUUAAUGACACGUGUAUGUCUAUCUGUUCAUUUUGACCUGCAAAUGUAAUGGUCAUUUUGUAAUUUAGCCAUUUUUAUUUAAUGUAUCUGCUACAUAAUAUAAAUAUGAUUGUACACUAUUGUAUGAUACGGACAUAUUGAUGAUUAAUGUUUCCAACUAAAUUAUCAUGUAAAAAAACAUGUAAAAAUGUACAAUGUAUCACAAAUUAAACAAUUAGCAUUAUGAUAUUACUUCAUAUUUUUUGCAUUUCAUUUAUCAUGUUUAUUUUCCGAUGUUACACCUACAGUACUUUAUAAUUGUGAUAUCACUAAUGCAGAGGCACAGGUUUUCCAGCUAGGAACCAGCAGAUCAGGGGUCCUCAAUUUCGUUCAGCCGUGUGACACUUUUUUUUUCUUGAGCAGCUGGGACAUGGUUAUAAUUUGUACACUACAAAAAGACCGAAUAAAACCCAAACAGAUAAAGUGUUUGACAAAUAAAAAAUAAAAUUCAAACCUUGAUUUACAUUGGGAUAUGAUCACAUAUGACUCUUUAUACAUGUCCAAUGAAAAUGACCCUGGGGGUCGCCUAUUGGGGAACCCUGCACUAGAUGGAGAAAACGAUGCUACUCUAGAUCCGCUUAGACCUUUGUGGUUUUCGUCAUCCGAUCAAGAUUGGUCAG